AUGGAGGAGGAGGUGGAGCAGAUAAUGGAGUGGGAGCAGGAGAUAGUAGUGAAGGAGGAGGUGGAGCAGAUAAUGGAGGAGGAGGAGAUAGUGGAGGAGAUAGUAGUGAAGGAGGAGUUAGGAGGCUCCUUCCUGCUUGGUGUUGGUGUGUGGGUACUGGUGGACCCUAUGGGCUUCAGGGAGAUCGUAGCAGCCAACCCUCUGCUCUUCACUGGGGUUUACAUCAUCCUGGCCAUGGGAGCAAUGCUCUUCCUCCUCGGCUUCCUGGGCUGCUGCGGAGCCAUCCGGGAGAACAAGUGUCUACUGCUCUUUUUCUUCCUGCUCAUCCUGGUCAUCUUCCUGGCAGAGUUAGCAGCAGCCAUCUUGGCCUUCGUAUUCCGGGAGCAUCUCACCAGAGAGAAGUUUACCAGAGAUCUGAGGAGACACUACCAGGGACACAACAACACGGACGUCUUCACCUCCACGUGGAACGCCCUCAUGACCACCUUUGACUGCUGUGGGGUGAACAGCCCGGAUGACUUUGAGGAGAGCCUGUUCAGGUUGCUCCUCAGCCCAGACAAGAUGGUUCCUGGGGUGUGUUGCCAGGGCAACGGUCACCCUGGAGAUGCGGUGGAUGACCUCAGCAGGGACGAGUGUCUGAGGGGAAGCAUGGAGCUCCGCUACAAUAAGGGUUGUUACUCAGCAGUGGUGGAUUAUUUUGAGACUUAUAUCUACAUGGCAGGAGCUCUGGCCAUUGUUGUCCUGACGAUUGAACUGUUUGCCAUGGUGUUUGCCAUGUGUCUGUUCAGAGGAAUCGACCAGUAACCCCGACAACACACACAACCCCAGGAAGACACUCAACAGAGGGACACAGACUGACGAAGGAGAAGAGAGCCUGAAGAUAACCACCUGUAGAUUAUACAUCAGAUGUUAGGAGAAGAGAGCCUGAAGAUAUCCACCUGUAGAUUAUACAUCAGAUGUUAGGAGAAUAUAGACUAAAGAUAUCCACCUGUAGAUUAUAAAUCAGAUGUUAGGAGAAUAGAUACUAAAGAUAUCCACCUGUAGAUUAUAAAUCAGAUGUUAGGAGAAUAGAUACUAAAGAUAUCCACCUGUAGAUUAUAAUUCAGAUGUUAGGAGAAUAGAGACUGUAGAUUAUAGUUCAGAUGUUAGGAAAAUAGAGACUAAAGAUAUCUGCCUGUAGAUUAUAAAUCAGAUGUUUGGAGAAUAGAGACUAAAGAUAUCUACCUGUAGAUUAUAAAUCAGAUGUUAGAAUAGAGACUGUAGAUUAUAAAUCAGAUGUUCGGAGAAUAGAGACUAAAGAUAUCCACCUGUAGAUUGUAAAUCAGAUGUUAGGAGAAUAGAGACUAAAGAUAUCCACCUGUAGAUUAUACAUCAGAUGUUAGGAGAAUAGAGACUAAAGAUAUCCACCUGUAGAUUAUAAUUCAGAUGUUAGGAGAAUAGA